AGAAAUUGACCAAAAUCGACAAAUUGCUGUUUUGUUGUAUAAUAUUAAUUUCAUAUAUUCAAUCUUGAAGGUACAAAGCCAUCUCUAUAAAUCAUCGUUAACAAUAACAAUGAUGGCAUCAAAAAUAUUAAUGAUGUCUUCUAGAACGACAUUAUUAUUGACCAAUCACAAUAGAAAUUCCUACUACCAUCAAUCAACUAGAUGGUUGCUAUUCAUAUCAUUAUUCAUAUCAUCGUUGGCAUCCAAUUCUUUACUAAAUAUCGAAACAACAUCAUUGUUUGACGAGUUCCGUAUACCCGACCAACAAGCUUUUAUAGGAAAAUUAUUCUACUAUCAAAUCGAAAUUCCGAAUGAUGUGAAAAAUUUUACUUUAACACAAGCUGGCUCCAACAUUGAUUCUAACAACCGGCUACCGGAUUGGCUUUAUUUCGAUCAUAGUACCGGCCUUUUAUUUGGAGCUCCACAAGAAAAACGAAUCUAUUUCAUUCAAGUAGAAGCCAUGCAAAAUAGUCGUAAAUAUGAAGAUAUUUUUGUGAUUGAAACAUUGGACCGCCCAGCUUACCUGCUGAAUGGUCUUUAUCGAUGGCAAGAUCAAUCAAUGCGGCAAUCUUCUUAUUUUCAUCAAUGUCGAAUCGAUUUAAAGCAAAAUUUCCCAACUGUUAAACAAAUAUUUAAUACGAUCGUGAUCGAUUUAUAUCAGUCAUUUUUUAAACAUAGUGAUCAAACAUUUCAAAAUGAACAAACAUUAAAGCAAUGGCUCAAUCAAUUCAAUGUACAAGCCGUUUUUGGAGAUAUCAGUGGUCAUGGUUCAACAUUGAAUAAAGAGUAUCAUCUUUUUUACGAUGUUAAAGAAUGCGAGACAGAAUCUAAUGGAAAACUUCAACUCGAUACUAAUAGUCAAUUGCUUUUGAAACAAUUGAAACGAUCUAAUAUCGAUUCAGAAUUGAUAAAAAUAACCCAUGGUACAAUUCCUACAGACAGUAAUGAUGAUAUACAAUUCAAUGUUGAUGCCAAUCGAAUUGAUCCUUCCAUAUCACUGGCGCCAUCAUCUGAUUCUACUCAUCAUCUUAAUAAUCAUCACCACGAGCAUGACCAUCAUCACCAUCAUCAUCAUCAUCAUCACAAAAAAAGAGAACAUCGUCGACGAAAUGCUUAUGCUGAUGAUGAAAAUAUCUACGAAACACCAGCGUUGAAUAAAGAAUUAUGGUCAACAUCAACAACAUCGACAAUCGAUUACUCUCUAAGUAAUGUUGAUCAAAUGACUGCAUUAUCACGAACUGUUAUACCAUCAAUGGUAUCCCCAACGUUCACCCGUUUAGCUAGUGAUGAGAUUCCAGGUGGAUUUGGUGAACAAUUUCAUCGUAUUCAGCCUACUCCAACUAUUCAAACACAGGAAUCAACUCGGUCCGGUCAUCAACUUCAUCUUCAUAUCCCAUCAUAUCCACAUUUGUAUCGAACACCAGUAUUAGUCCCAGAAUUGAUUAGUCAAAGUGUUAAUUUAGCUUUUGAUAAUAUAAAUGACAACCUGGACCAACAAUCGCCACUCUUCACACCAAUAUUCACAACAAGCACAAUGUCAACAUUGCAACCUUCUGCAACAAUCGAUUCCACUCAAUCUCGUAUUAGCAGCAGUAAUUAUGAUGAUAGCAAACCAUUCACGGCAAUCGAUUCUAAUGAUUUGGGAAAAAUUUCAAUUGAUUCCGGAAAUAUAAAUCUUUACAAUUCAUCCACAAGUACAACAACGUCGACAAGUACAACAGAACAUUCAACAACAAUAUUAAAUCAUCGACCUUUUGUUAAUAAACGUAUCAGUAAAUUGAGUAUUACUGCCGGAAAGUUUUGGCAAUUUACUAUACCGGAAGAUACUUUUUAUGACAAAGAAGAUGGUAAUACACGCCAAUUAAGAAUCGGUUUCUUUAUGGAUUCAGAAAUAUUGCCUGCUGAUUAUUGGAUUCAAUUCGAUAAUGAAAACCAAUACUUGUAUGCCUUGCCGACUGAUGAUAAUAUUGGUCGAUAUCGAUUCAAUUUAGUUGCAGUUGAUCUUCAAGGUGGUGAAGCGACUGAAAUUCUGGAAAUUUAUGUACGACAAUCACGACAAUCACUUUCGUACACUCAUAAAUUUAUUUUGGCCAAUAUGACCUGGGAUAAUGAUCGAUAUCCGGAACGGAUUCAAGCUGUGUCGUCUAUAUUGCAAAGAAUGUCAAUUCAAGUGUUUGAAGAGAUGCCUUCCGGUGGUCUAACCGAAGCUGCUCAACGACAAGCUUUAUUGAGGCAUAUAAAUGUUUUGAAUAUACAACAAAAUCCAGAAUCACUUCAAUGGUCAAUUACUUGGACAAAUGAUUCAUUACGACGGCAUCCUUGUCCUGUUAAUGAAAUCAACUUGUUAUUUAGUCGACUUUAUGAUAUAACAUAUCCUGAAGAUGAAUUCGGCUUCAUGUCUCCUUCACAUGAGCUUCGUUCGGCCGUUUCUCCUGAUUUCAAAAUUGAACACGUUAAACGUAUAUUUAUAGGACGAUCUGCUUGUGGUAGUUAUGCGACCGCUGUUGAUUCAGCAUCUGCAUCAAGACACAAAGACAAAAUUGUUUUUAGCAAUCGAUUGAAUCGAAUCGGUCCAUAUAGAUUAGGCAGUGCAUUCAAGUUUCAGAUACCAAAAGAUACUGUUUAUUCAAUGACUCGUCAAGUAGACACAAGACAGUUGGCGUUAUCAGUGGCGCCAUUGGAACCAGAAAUUGAUCUUCCUGAAUUCAUUUACUUCGAUACUCACGAGCAAACUAUCUACGGCUUGCCGUACAAACCAGAACAUAUUCGAACGUAUGAAUUGAAAUUAAUUGCCGAAGAUACGGUUCAUGGUGGUAGCGAGCAUGAUAUUUUCAUAUUAGAUGUUGAACAUGAUGUCAACACCAGAGAAGAUUAUUUGUUCGAAAUAACAAUGAAUUUUCUAUAUCGUAAUAUUGAACUUACAUCUCGAUCACAGCAACGUUUGACAUCAAAAGAUUUUUAUGAAGUUGCACAUGCAUUAUCAACCCGAUUGAUGGGAAAUUCUAAUUUGGAAGCUUUUCGUAUGUUGGACAUCAGUCGACAUCGUUUUACCAAAAUUGCCGAGCCUGUUGAACAUUUACCUUAUAUAAAUAGUAAUGUUCUUCUUGAAAAUUAUGAAGUUACCUCGAAUUCAUUGUUACUUGAGGAUGAUAUUGAUAAAAAUGUUGAACAUCACGUAUCCGAGAACGAAAAACAGGUCAAACGUCAUUUACAUCAUCAUCAUCACCACCAUCCUCAUGAUAAAAGAUUGAAUAAUCAUCAUGAGACAAGUUUAAUAAGGCCUGUUAGAGCCAUCAGUAGUCUUCAAAGUGAUUAUUUCUACGAAUUUGUUUGGACCAAUCGUACAUUAGUGACCAGUUAUUCACAUUCCCAAAAUGCCCUUGGUGGCGGUUCAAUAUUUGAGACCAAAACUUGUCCGAAGAAAAUCAUUCAAGAAGACAUCUAUCAUAGAUUAUUUCCCCGAAAUACACAAGAGUUUUUAUCUAAUGUUAAUCUAAAUAAUAACAUCACCAGUAUGGAUGUACUUGAUAUUUACAAUCAGCUUUUCGAUCCACUGGAAGCUAAUUUAAAAUUCUUGAGCGUCGAAUGGAUACCUAAAUCUGUAUGUUCUAAUAGUCCUGGAUUAGAAAACAGAGUGCUGGGCGCUAAACCAAUUAGAGAUACAUCGGCUGAAGAUGAUGACGAUGAAGAUGAAAGUGUCAACUUAGAUGAUUCAAUAGCUGCAGCUGAAACUGAGGAUCCAUCAAUUAAUAUAUCAAUGAAUCCAGAUGACAAUGAAACACCCGAUGUGGAUGAAUAUCCUAAUAUGCAUUAUUUUGGUGAUCGGUUGUUAGCAAUGUUGAUUCCACCUAUUGCCAUAUUAAUUGCAUUGUUAUUCGCUGUUACAAUUGGAUGCUGUUUUCAUCGUGCCAAUCAACGUCGUAAAGCUAUGGGUGCGAUGGCACCAUAUCACGAUGAAUCACCAACAUUAUAUCGGCAAAGAAUACCUAUACAAUUGGAAUUUGAACGUGGUGGCCUACGAGGCAGUGGUAUCCAUCCUAGCGAACAAGAAUCUAUGCUAGAUUCUAAAUUCGGAAGACAUCCGGUGCAAAUAAUGCCUCCAAAACUUCGCGGAGGUCCACCAUCUAACUUACCGGCUGCUCAAGCUGCUGCUAGUCAUCAUGGCCAUAAUCCUGGUGGUCCACUUCGUCAUCCGAAUCUACCUUAUCAGAUGUUGCCACAACAAUAGUCUGAACAAUUCAGAACACAUUUUGUUGUUGUUGCUCGG